CAAUGCGCCUUGUGCGUGGGCCUUCGGGCCUUGCCCUUGCGGCAGGUUUGACCAUUCUGGUCCCGGUUAUCAUAGCUAGACAUCGACGACAACAUGUAGUGCGUUCCGUAGUCCCUUCUGUUGCGGAGCUCUUGAUGCAUGAUGAUCACCGCCUCCGCUCUUCACUUUCGUUUACUUCAUGAGACAGGCUUAACGCUCGGCUCAAUGGCUCUCUCCUUGCUGUCUCGCACACGAACGCACGGGCUUCAAUCAGCCAAAGCAUCUGCAUCCUGUUUGAAAGCUGAUUGGGAAUUUGUAGCGUCACCAACUGACAGCCACAUCGCGGUCCAUCACCCUGCCCUCUCUCGCCAAAGUCGAAAGACAGACCUGAGCCACCUCCCAUACAACGAGCGCUGCUGACGGCACGCAUCGAUUUCACAUCGAUCCAUGCA